CAUGAGGUAGGACUAGAAUUCAUGGUCUCCCGGUUUCUAGCCAGGUGCCUUAACCACUAUGCCAAGCUGGCUCUUCUCCUGUGCUGUUAUGUUAUUCCCCUGCUGUGCUUCUACUGAUACAGGUCCAGGCGCCCCUCUUGCAGACCAUCACUGAACAUCUGGAUGGAAGGAGGGGGAUGUCGAACUCCUCUCAGAAGCUGCUCUCGCAGGGGAUCUCCCAGUCAGACUCGAGUCAGGACACUUCUCCAGAGAAUGGAAUGACAUCCCUGACAUUUGUAGGAUUGCCUCCUUUUUCUGAUGAAAGCGAAAGAGCGCCUGAUCCUCCAACUCAGAGUCCUGUGUCCUUUGAGGAGGUGGCCGUGUAUUUCUCUGAGGAGGAGUGGUCACAACUGAAUCCUGACCAGAAAGCCCUGCAUGGGGAAGUCAUGCUGGAAAAUUCUAGGAAUGUGGCUUCUCUGGGAGCUAAGGGGCAGGAGAAUGAGAAUUACAGGGAACCAUUCCAGAAGAUCAGGAAUGAAGAGAGAAAAGAGGAUUUUGCAGAAGCAAAAAGACAGGAGAAAAUCCAAUCAGCAAACGGGAGGAAGAAAAGCACAACUUCUGAUUCUGCACUUAUUCAAGCCAACGUUCUUGCCCAAGAAAGUCACAAUGGAAAACAAAAGAGAAAGUAUUUAGGGAAAAGUGUGAAAAUAUUCAAAGACAAAUUGUAUUUAAACAAAAAUUAUAGAACCUGUGCUAAAGGGGAAGAUCAAUGCAAGGAGGACAAAAAAAAUUGCAAUCAGAUACUCACCAUUUCUUUACAUGAAAAAAUAAACAUGGAAGAAAAAACAUAUAAAUGUUUUGAUUGUGGAAAGAACUUUAACCGGAAGUGUGACCUAAAUUAUCAUAAAAGGAUCCACACAGGAGAAAAACCAUAUAAAUGUGUGGAAUGUGGGAAGAACUUCAGGUGGAGCAGUGAUCUUACUUCCCAUAAAAGGAUCCACACAGGGGAGAAGCCAUAUAAAUGCAUGGAAUGUAGGAAGACCUUCAGGACAAGCAGUGAACUUAUUUUGCAUAAAAGGAUCCACACAGGGGAGAAACCAUAUAAAUGCAUCGAGUGUGAGAAGAGCUUCAGGACAAGUGGUGAACUUACCUCCCAUAAAAGGAACCAUAUGGGGGAAAAAUCAUAUAAAUGCAUGGAAUGUGGGAAGAGCUUCACGUGCAAUAUUCAGCUCAGUUCCCAUAAGAGGCUCCACACAGGAGAGAAACCAUAUAAAUGCAUCGAGUGUGGGAAGACCUUUAAGGGAAACAGUGAACUUGUUUUCCAUAAAAGGAUCCACAGAGGGGAGAAGCCAUACAAAUGUAUGGACUGUGGGAAAAGCUUCAGGUGGAGCUGCUACCUUAGUUCCCAUAAAAGGCUCCACACAGGAGAGAAACCAUAUAAAUGUACAGACUGUGGGAAGAGCUUCAUGCGGAGUACUCAACUUACAUCCCAUAAAAGAACUCACACGGGCGAGGAGCCAUAUAAAUGUACUGACUGUGGAAAGAGCUUCCGUGAAAAUUGGUCCCUUACUAGACAUAAAAGGAUCCAUACAGGGGAGAAACCAUAUCAAUGCAUUGAGUGUGGAAUAAGCUUCAGGUGGAGCCAUCAGCUAACUUCCCAUAAAAGAAUCCAUUCUAAGGAUAAACCAUAUAAAUGCAUGGAAUGUGGAAAGAGCUUCUGUGAAAAUAGUCCCCUUAAUCUUCAUAAAAGCAUCCACAGAGGGGGAAAACCAUAUAAAUGCAUGGAUUGUGGGAACAGUUUCAUGUGCAGCAAUCAACUUAUAUCCCAUAGAAGGAUCCACACAGGAGAAAAACCUUUUAAAUGCAUGGAAUGUGAAAAAUGCUUCCGAUGGAGUCAACAGCUUACAUCUCAUAAAAGGGUCCAUUCAGAGGAGAAACCAUACAAAUGUGGUGAGUGUGGAAAGAGCUUCCGUUGGAGUCAACAGCUUACAUCUCAUAAAAGGGUCCAUUCAGAGGAGAAACCAUAUAAAUGUGGUGAGUGUGGAAAGAACUUUAGGUGGAGAAAUCAACUUAGUUCACAUAAAAUGAUCCACACGGGGGAGAAACCCUAUAAAUGUAUGGAAUGCGGAAAGAGUUUCAACAGGAGUGCUAACCUUAUUUCCCAUAGAAGGGUCCACACAGGAGAGAAACCAUAUACGUGUGUGGAAUGUGGGAAGAGCUUCAGGUGGAGCUAUCACCUUACUUCCCAUAAAAGUAUCCACACGGGGGAGAAGCCAUAUAAAUGCACAGAAUGUGGGAAGAGCUUCCGUGAAAAUAGGGUACUUAAUAGUCAUAAAAUGAGCCAUAGAGGGGAAAAACUAUAUAAAUGUAUGGAAUGUGGGAAGAGUUUUGGCUGGAGCCAUCAACUAGCUUCCCACAGAAAGAUCCAUUCAGAGGAGAAUGAGUAUAAAUGUCUGGAUUGCGGAAAGUGCUUCAGCACAAGAAGUAAUCUUAAUUCUCAUAAAAGGCUCCAUACAGGGGAGAAACCAUAUAAAUGUAUGGAGUGUGGGAAGUGUUUCAGCAGGAGUGAUUACCUUACUUCCCAUAAAAGUAUUCACACUGGGGAGAAGCCAUAUAAAUGCUGGGAGUGUGGAAAAAGUUUCAAAGAAAGCAGUAAACUUACUUGCCAUAAAAGAAUCCACACAGGGGAGAAGCCAUAUACAUGCACAGAGUGUGGAAAGAGCUUCAGGUGGAGCAAUUAUCUUACUUCCCAUAAAAGGAUCCACACAGGGGAGAAACCAUAUAAAUGCACAGAGUGUGGGAAGAGCUUCCGGAGGAGCAGUCAGCUAACUUCCCACGCAAAGGUCCACUCAGGUGCUAAUCCACAAAAAGCCUAGACUUCCUUGGUUCAGACCACACGUACUUGUCUUUCACAUUUUCUGACUCCUGACUCUCUUAAGCCAUACUUAAGGCUUGAUAGGAAUGGCCACAAACAAUUAAUUUAUUGAGGAAAGAUUCAUACAGUCAUUCUUCUUUAUCUAUUUCUUGUCAAUCUGAUCCUCAUUCUUUGCUUCUGUAUCACUGCACUACCUCAGUGUGCUGCUUUUGUGCGUGUCUCUUACGCCACUAUGUAUCAGUGCACUGCAUGUACCUUCAAACUGGUGAUAUGUGGGCGACACUAUGUAAUUUUAUUUGCAUGAAAUAGUGUGAGCAUGCUUGAAGUAAAACUGGGUUUUGGUUGCACGUGUGACAGAUUGGCUAAAAUUAGCCGGUAAAGUACACCUUGUCGGUAAGGUGAUGUAGAGAGUGAGGAAGACGACUUUGACAGAGGUAGGCAAGAUCCAUUACCAAAGCAACAAGGGGGAAAAUGCAUAUUAAGUCCACAACAAGCAGCAAAUAUGCAGGAGAGGUUCAGACAGACACUCCCUAAUUCACAUGAGUAUAAGAAGGGGAGGAGGUACAGCACAAUCAGGCUGGCAAGAUUGUGUUGUUAUAGCCACUCUCAUUAAAAGUAAUUUUAGCCUUCCUGUGGAGUUGAGUCUGGUCUACCUAGUGGGGCUGAGAAGUCCUUAACCUCAGCAGGGAAGGCUGAUUGUGGCAAUGGUUCAGCUAUGGCUAGUGCUCUCACGUACACCUUCUGUAUCUUACUGAAUAGCAUAAUGUGGAAGUGUAAAUAAUAAUGGUUAUGAAUAAUCACAGGAAUAAAUCAUCCUUUCCGAUGAACAGAACCUAGCCAAUACCUAACAAGGAAACAGAGGCACAAAUAUGUUUUAGAAGUGCAAUUCAGUGAUUCAUAGAAGUUUUGAAAGGCCUGCAUUGUUUUUCCUUGUCUCUUUCUACCUUCAGUGUUUUUACAGAUGUCAUAAUAUUGCUUUUGUGUUUUACCAGUUCUCAAAUGGGCAGUUCAUGGUCUGUUCCCCAGUCAGCCCCUGGCACUGUCUUCGCCGUUAUAACUGAGCUCUUCUACCUUUUGUAGCAAUAAUGUAGUCAGUUUAAUUUCUGUGUACAAGUAGUUUUUGUUUACCAGUGGUAAUUGAGACUGGGAACUCUGUUCUAAGUGACACAGUCAUAAGGUGUGAUGUCACAUGACCGUGCCGACUUACAGCGGCAGUUCUGGUGGUCCCAGUUGCCAUCAUUAGGCAAAUCCUGCACAGUCACAGCAUCCCGCAGUCACGUGAUCACCAUUUGUGACCUCUUGCCAGCUUUGCCAUUGACUUUGCUUGUUUGAAGCCAGCAGUGAAAGUUGCAAAUGGUGAUGACUUGACCACAGGACAAUGAGAUCAUUGUAAUUGCCAGCCGGUUGCCAAGCACCUGAGUCACAAUCAUAUGAUCGUGGGGAUGCUGUGACGGCUUCAACCAUGAGGAUUGGUCAUUAAAUACCUUUUGUUCAGUGCCGUUGUAACUUUGAAUGGUUGCUGAACAAGUGGACAUUAAACGAGGACUACCUGUAUUUCCAGCUUUGGCAUUCCAGUCUCUAACCAGAAGCAGCACAUGUUCUGUCAAAUUUCAGAUUGCACCUCACCAUAAAACUCGUCACCCUCUUUUUCUUCUGCAUUAGUGGUUGAUGCAGAAACUUGGAUAGCCGUCAUAUUAAAGGGUUGUCUGCAAAAUCUUACUGAUGUUAUUCAGUCAUUGAUUGCAUUGUAGCCAAGUAUUGUUCUUGCUGUACCUUUCCUAACUAUAAAACCAACUCUGCUGUUUUUCAUGUCAUGAGUGGUAAUCUGUCCAAUUUUGAUUUGCUGAUGCCUAAGAUGUCAAUGUGCAGUUGAUUCAUUUCAUUUUUCACUAUGUUGAGCUUUCCCAAGUUCAUGUUUAUUAUGUUCCAUGUUUCCACUGUAAUUUUGUCUUUGCAGUGUCAGACUUUCUUUUCCUAUAUGGCAACAUCCACAACUAGAUGUUGUGCAGGCUCUAAUUUAGCCACAUCAUAAAUUGCAUUACUACUCUGAAUGACCUUCAGCAUUUCCACACUAGCAUGCUGAGUGCCAUCUGACGAGAGGGGCCCUCCUCUGCCACUACGUCACCCAUCACCGUAUACUGUCUAUCCAUGUGGAUUUCUUGAUAGAAAUACAGGAAUGGUUUACCCUUGCCUUUUCAUGCCCAGAAUGAAUGGAACCUUUGCCAUUGUCAUUAAAGUGAUCUUCCAUCUCCAGCAUCUUCCUGUAUUGCCGUUGCCCAAUAUAAGCACCCUGCUUGCUUUAGCUAGCAGCUGGGAUGACCUUCAUGCUUUAAGGAGAAUAUAUUUUUGACAUGCUUCUGCCAUUCCCUGCUCAUCCACUCCAAGAGUAACCCACCGCAACAAGGAGGCAACGUGGCAGGACUUGGGGGAAUUUUUGCAAAGAUACUAUAUAUCAUAAUAAA